ACAGCAAUCAAACUUCCCCAGUCUGUCACUUCUAGAUUUUAAGAUCUUGCUUUAUUUUGCACAUUGCAGAAACAUGUAUCGGUAUGUUCCUGCAGGUGAAAGUGAUUUCGAUUCUGAUGAUGACGAUUUAUUUGAAUUUGGGGAUGGCGAUAAUUCAAAGUUUCAGAACGCUCCUGAAAAACACUACCAGAUAUCCUCUCCAAGUCCUGGGAAUAGUAUUCCGUUUUGUGCUCAGAAGCAUAAAACUGGUCCCCACACAUUGGCUUUAAAUGACUUACAAACUGCUGUAACAGUCGGUGAUUUAAAGGCUGUAAGUCUUUUAACGAGAGACCAAACUGACAUUGAUGUAUUUCUAAGUUCUGAUUGGAAUGCAUUGAUGUAUGCUGCAUACUUUGCGCAAGUUGAAAUAGUGCGUUUUUUGAUCGACAAUAAUGCUAAUGUGAACUUGAGCAAUAGGGAAGGGGUCACUGCGCUGCAUACUGCUUGCAAAUCCAACAUAAGACAGAAAAAUGAUGGACUCGAAAAUAUUGUUGAACUUUUGCUGGGUGGGGGGGCUGACGAAACUUCUACUGAUUCGAAGGGAAGGACGCCUUUGAUGUACGCUGCUCGUGGUGGUUUGUCUAAUGUUGUACAGGUUUUUCUCGAGCAUAUAGCUGACAAGAAAAGUCUUUUUAUGAAAGAUGAAAAAGGAUGGUCUGCUGCAGACUGGGCAGCUGUGUAUGGACACCUGGAUGUUUUGAAAUUAUUUUUGGAUUUGGGAAUAACACUGGACUCUGCAUGUAAUAGCUGUGCAAUGUGGCCAGAGAGUGUGAAGGAAUAUAUUACUACUAAGGCUUCUAUGUGUAAUAAAAUCAGUGAAGAAAUUAGUCCAAUACAUGAAUCUGCUGAUUUGUCUGAGGAUUGCAUGGAAGCAACGGCUGAAAAUAUUUUUCAGCCGUCUCUUCGUCCUCAGAAUGAUGUCAUUAAAAUUGCCACUUUCAAUGCUGGCAAUAAAAAUCCAGUUGAGAUAUCUGAUACAACUCUAGACAACGUGGCCGAUGAUGAAAUAAAGCGAAAUAUAGUUCAGGCAGGUGUAGACUUGUUAGAAAAAGAAUCUGGAUUUUUUGAACAACCUAUUCCAAAUACAGAAAACUGUGAUGUGAUGAAGGGCAAAGUAGAAGAAACACUGGUAGCUGAAGAUGAAGAGGAAGAACUUGUCAGCAUUCUACCUGCUAUGGUUGUUCGUGAAAAAAUGGAAGAUCAGGCAUAUGAAACAUAUGGUCAACUUGAACUGUUUCUGCUUGGACUGGAUCUGGCAAGACUUAUACCAAUUUUUAAAGAACAAGAUGUUACUUUUAAGCAGUUAUUAUGCUUAACUAUGGAAGAGUUGGAAACAAUAGGAAUACCUGCAUACGGGACCAGAAAAAGAAUUUUGAGUGCGAUUCGUGAAUGUCACGAAAAACAUACAAGCAAGUCAGAUCUUCCUGAUUAUACAAAUACAGCAUUGACAUUCGAUAAUAUGGUAUCUUUAAUCAGUGGUGCAUCUGAACAAGUAGCCUACAUUUCAAGCUGCUUGAAAUAUAUUCGACAUCAUAUUGAAAUGUAUCCUGAUGCUUUCUACCCUCAAUCUAAUAUGACAUAUGAUGAACCUCCUCUACAAAGUUUCAGCAAUAAGCUUGAAGACAUGACUCAAAGUAUGUACGAUCUCUGCAAGUCUUUGAAAUGUGUGAAGAUGGAAACAGAAAAAAUAAGGAAAAACACUCUACAAUCGGAGCUAAUUACUCCUGGUAUGGAAGUUGGUCCACCAAAAAUAAUUUAUGGUCGAAGAAGUAAAAUAAAAAUUUGCAUAGGAGUUUCACUGAUAUGCUUCUUAGCCUUUUCCAUACACAAUGGAAUGGUGAAAUGAUUGAAUCUAUUGUAAACAUGGUUUUGUGAAUGCAAACUGUUUUGAUUAUAUCGUGAUGGUGAUUUCUUUCUGAUAUAUGCUUUUUAUUUUAUUUAAUAAUUAAUUUCAAAUAAAUAAAUAAAAAAAACUGU